AUGAAGCUACAUGUAAAGCAAGAAUGUAUCUUCUCCUUUAACGCCAGUUACCUGUAUUGGAUUUGUAUCAUGUGUAUUGAUGGUGAAAGCAUUUUACUAGCCAACAAAAAAGAUUUUGAUGUUCGUAGAGUGCAAGCUUUAUUAUUAAAUCGAUUAAAUGGCAUUGAAUUACCUCCUCGACUUCAUGGACUUGAUAAUGAAUACAACACUUUAUAUAAAUUACUUAAACAAACAAUAACAGCUGGUGAAAGCAAUUCAUGUCUGUUAAUCGGCAAUAGAGGUACUGGUAAAACUGCUCUGGUUCGUACAGUCCUAAGAGAUUUACAAAAAUCGUAUAAAGAAUUUUGCAUUGUUCGAUUGAAUGGACUAACAGAAACAAAUGAUCGACUUGCUUUAAAUGAAAUUGCACGUCAAUUAGUUAAAGAGCAAAAAGAACAUGCAGAACAUACUUUUACUUCAUUUGCUGAUUCCUUUGAUUAUCUUCUUUCACUUUUAAAAUCAGGUGAUAAAGCAUCCUUACCUGUGAUAUUUAUAUUAGAUGAAUUUGAUUUGUUUGCUCAACAUCCAAAGCAAGCUUUGCUUUAUAAUUUAUUUGAUGCUGCUCAAAGUGCACAGAACCCAAUGGCCGUUAUUGGACUCACUUGUCGACUAGAUACCCUUGAUUUAUUAGAGAAACGUGUCAAGUCUCGUUUUUCACAUCGACAAAUCUAUUUAUUUCCUUCAUCAAACUUUGGUCAGUUUUUGGAAAUAGCGAAAGGAACGUUGGAAUUACCUGAGAAUUAUCCUUCUAGUACAGAAUUCAAUCGAUCGUUGGAAGAGUUAUUUCAACAUCCUACACUUAACAGUAUUUUAAGACGUAUCUUUGAUAUUUCAAAGGACAUUCGCAUGUUUCAUAAGAUUUGUUUUCCAGCUGUCUACAAGUUGCGUCCUGAAGCGCCUUAUUUAGAUUUAGAAGAAUUUCUUGAAUCGAGUCUAAUACAGCGUGCUGAUUCUAAAACAGAAAUAUUAAAGGGAAUUGCAUUACUAGAACUUAUUUUAAUCAUUAGUAUGAAAAAGUUAAUGGAAAAGGAUAUCACAACUUUUAAUUUUCAAAUGGUUUACGACGAAUAUAAAGAUUUUAUGAAUCAAACACAGAUCAACGGUAUGGGGAUUGGCAUGAAGCUAUAUAAGAAAGCUGUAGCAUUAAAAGCUUUCGAAAAUUUACAGAUGUUUGAAUUAGUGUGUCCUGUUGACAUUGCAGGAAAAUGUCCAAAAGAAUAUCGCAUGACAAAGCUAAUGUUAGAACAAGCACAAGUUACUGAAGCAGUUUUAAAAUAUAAUUGUUCUCAAAUAGUUAAAAAAUGGGCAACAGGUGCUGCAUAA